AUGGGAAAAUCAAAAACUGGUAAAAUUGCAACGUUAUGUACGGCAGUGGCAUUUUUAUUUGUUUUUAUUGCAUUUGUCUCACCUAAUUGGUUAGAGACGGAUGGAAAACUUGAAAGUCCUAAAUUUUUAAAAAUAGCUUUAUUUCUUUUUCUGCUUAUUAUAUUUUAUAAAUUUAAGCAUUGGUACGACACAAAAUUCACAGGUUGCUGGUGGGUAUUCGAAGAAGAAUACUAUAUAAUUCAUAACAUUUUAUUACCAGGUUUCUUCGUUGCCACGCAGUUUUUCUUCACGUUGACCCUAACACUUUUGUUAAUUGCUUCAUUUUUGGUUGCUUUGUAUUUGUCUUGUUCGAGAGAACACGAACGAUUCGUAUUAUUAUUAUUCGUAAUCGGAUCCAAUUUAGUUUUAGCCGCCGUGUCCGGAACGUUGGCGGUGAUAAUAUUUGGCGCAAGAGGAGACGGACGUGAUUGGAUGCAAAAUUGGGAACACAACGACAUAUCGUGGGCGUUCGCGAUGGCGGUCAUGGGUGUCGUUUUCUUGUACAUAUCCGGAAUUCUUUUCCUCAUCGAAGGACGAGUGCACAGGAUGAAAAAAGAGAGGAAAGAUUUUCAUCAUCCCAUGCAUCAUUCGGAACCCACGAAAACUUCCGUCAUAUAA